AUGUCUCUUCGCGGCCACAACCGAAGCAACACCAGCAACCCGCCUCACGCCCACCAGCGCGCAUCCUCAGUGCCGUCGUCGAGAUCGCCCUGCCCUCCACCGCCCGUCGCGUCCCUCACCCCCGCCGCCGCCUUCUUUGCCGCCGAGCCAAAAAUCCAAACCCCCUCCCCCGACGACGACGGUAACGGCGAAAAGUCCCGCUCCGCGACCGCCAACUCGGCCUCGCUCCUCCAGCCCCGCGUCGCCGUCGCCCUCAACGUCCCGCAGCCAUGGCACCCGUGGCUCUUCACCCUCCGCCUCGCCUCCAUACUGCCCGCCGUGUUCUGGGGCACCCCCGUCGCCCUGCGGCUGCUCCUCCUGGCGCUCGAGCUGAUGGUGCUGGCCUCCAUCUGGUGCUUCGCGUGCGGGUACCUCUCCUUCUUCUUCACCGACUGUCUCAUGUCGAGAUGGCUCAUCAACUACACGCCGCAGGCCACAAUGGUCCGCCUGCUCACCAUCGCCGCCGUCAACGCCUACGUCACAAUGACCGUCCUCUCCCUCGCGGGGGGGUUCCAGGACCUGCGCCUCCUCCUCCCAGGCUGGAUCGGCAUCGCGACUACCCUCACCGUCUGCUACCACAUCACGCACCAGAAGAUCAACAUCCGCAAAGAAACGUCCACCUCCAUCAACGUCUUCUCCAUCGCCAGCUACAUCACCAUGGUCACCCUCCUCCUCCACAUGCACCUGUACAAGCCCGACUACCCACCCAUGCCCAUCGUGACGUGGGGCCAGGCCGCCUGGCAGCGCGUCCAGGACAGCGGCGUCCUGUCCAACCUGGCGGGAUCCGGUACCAGCAGCAGCAGCGAGUUAUGA